UAUGGCUGUCCAUACUUUGCGCACCAUUUGUUUGGUUACAAACUCAGUAUUUAGGAAGCCAAAAUUUGGAAUGGAAUGAAACCAACCCAACCUCAACAGCUAAAAAUCUGUAAAGAGUUUGGGUUUUGUUUUUCAUUCCCUUCUUGCGUUUUGGUUGGUCUAGGAAAGCUGCCCUAGCUUGCUACAAUCCUAGGCCAUCCUCUUCAUCAUUCAUAAUAAACCCCCAAUAUAUAAAUAUAUAAAAUGGCGGCCUCUACCAAGAUACUUUGGUGGGUUUACUUGGCGUUGUUGGCAAUCGCCGCCGUGAUACCGGCGGCAACGACGUCAGCGGAUGUCGACGAUGACGUGUGGAAGCAACGCGAGGCGGAGGCCAGGAGAGGUCUUCUCCAAGCCUAUCACCCCAAUCCUGAAAACAUUACCAGUGAAUUAAAUGAAAGAGUUAGCAUAGGUUUGAAUGAGAUGUACGAGGAUGACGACAGCAAUCAUAAUAAUGUGACGAGAAGAGAGUUGCGGGGAAAGAAAGGACACUGGGAGCGGUGCAGGGCCACGAACCCUAUUGACAGUUGCUGGAGAUGCCAUUCGAACUGGGGUGGCCGGAAUCGUUACAGGUUAGCCGACUGCGCCCUGGGGUUCGCCAAAGGGACUACCGGCGGAAAAGGCGGCAGAUUCUACGAGGUUACAGAUUCAUCGGACAACGACGUGCAGGAACCCAAGCCCGGAACUCUUCGGCAUGCGGUGAUUCAGAAGGAGCCCUUGUGGAUCACGUUCGCUGAUAGCAUGACCAUCAAGCUUUCCAGGGAGCUUCUGGUGCAGGGCAACAAGACAAUCGACGGCCGCGGUGUGACCGUGACUAUCGCGGGCGGAGCAGGUAUGACGAUCCAGUUCGUACAGAACGUGAUUAUCCACAAUAUCAAACUGGGGGACAUUAAAGCCUCUCCGGGCGGCAUCAUCAGAGACGCGGUUGACCACAAAGGUCUGAGGACUCCGGACGAGGGAGAUGGAAUCACCAUCUUCGGGUCCCACCACGUAUGGAUCGACCACGUCUCCAUGCACAACUGCGAAGACGGAAUCAUAGACGCCGUGGCGGGGUCCACCGCCGUCACUAUUUCAAACUGCCACUUCACCGACCACGACAAGGUUCUUCUCUUCGGAGCCAACAACUGGGAUCCCAUCGACAAGAAGAUGCAAAUCACACUGGUAUUCAACCACUUCGGGAAGAGGCUCCACCAGAGAAUGCCACGUUGCCGGUGGGGAUUGUUCCACAUAGUGAACAACGACUACACUCACUGGGUAAUGUACGCGGUGGGUGGGUCCUCCGGGGCCACCAUCAUCAGCCAGGGGAACCGGUACAUUGCGCAGCCGGGGGAGAACUUCUUUAAGCAGGUGACCCACAGGGAUUGCCCCGACGAUUCAUGGAAGCAAUGGACGUGGGUGUCUUCGGGCGAUGUGUUCAAGAACGGCGCUUUCUUUAAACCAUCCGGAGAUCCGAAAGGGGCGGAAAAGUACGGGUACCGUGACUAUCUCAGCGCACAAUCAGGGAAGAAAGUUGGUGAGCUCACCAAAUAUUCGGGUCAUCUUGGUCAUUGCAGAAUCGGAUUGCCAUGCUAAGCUAGCUACCUAAUUAAUCAUAUCAUUCAUAUGUCGUUAGUAGUUAAAACUAAUUAAUAUAGGGUACGGUUUUGUUUGGAUAUGGUAAUAUCCUCCGAUCCUUCAAUUCAAUUAAAAUUAAGCUGAUUGCAGCUAUUGGAAUUAUCCAGUUUUGUCCACCUCUCAAUAAUAAGAAAUUGAUUUCUUAAUCAA